AUGCGUGCUCCGUCUGCCAUCCUCGUCGCCCUCGCCACGCUCUCGGCCGCCACCGACGCGACUUCGCUCCGCGCUGCGGGCAAUGGCACGAACGGCAGCCCCGAGAUCGUCGGCGGUGUUGAAGCCGCCGUCGGCAAGCACUUGUACAUUGCUGGCUUGCGCGAGACCGCGACCGGUGGCACGUUCUGCGGCGGUGCCCUCAUCGCGCCCAAGUACGUUCUCACGGCCGGCCAUUGCAUCAGUGACGAUGUCCAGUACGUCGCCCUUGGUACGCACUACGCCAGCGGCAGCGCGGACGGCGAGCGCAUCCGUGUCACGCGCCGCAUCGUGCACCCCGACUACUUUCUGCGUGAAGAGACGCCGUUCAACGACUGGGCUAUCCUCGAGCUCGCGAAGCCGGCCACGGUCAAGCCGAUCAAGGUCACGUUCGACGACAGCGCCGUCGGCACCGUCGCGACGGUGCGCGGGUGGGGCAGCACUCGGUCGGGUGGCGCGGGCUCGAACGUUCUCAAGGAGGUCUCGGUCAAGAUCUGGGACAACGCCAAGUGCGACAAGGCCAUCCAGAAGACCAGCGAAGGCACUGCCCAGCACCUCACGGACACGAUGGUGUGCGCGGGUGGCGUCCGCGGCCAGGACUCGUGCCAAGGCGACUCGGGUGGUCCGUUCACGGUCAAGGGCGCCAACGGCGAGGACGUCAUCACUGGCGUUGUCAGCUGGGGCUACGGCUGCGCUCUCCAGAACACGCCGGGCGUGUACGCGCGCUUGUCCAAGGCCCGGGAUUUUAUCUCGCCCUACCUCUCGUCGUAA